AUGGCCAUUUACCACGUUGUUCUCUUCAAACUCAAGCCCAAUGUGCCUCAGCAAAGCAUCGACGAGAUGCGCGCUGCUGGUAAAGCCAUGCUUGGCGUCGUGCCAGGCUUGAGAUCCUUCGAGUUCGGUCCUCCGCUCGCGAGCACUGCGCACCGUGCUCAAGGCUUCGAUCUCGGCUUGAUCGCUGUGUUGGAUACCGAAGCGGAUGUCCUCGCUUACGGUCCACACCCAGCACAUCAGGUGGUCAACAAGAUUCGGGAAGCUAUCGCUGCAGAGACGUUGGCCUACGACUUGGAGGUGCCUGACGUCGCUUAG